AUGUGGUAGCAUACAGGUCUUAUCUGCUACGCAACGGCGCCAGUAUGACGGUGUUUCCGUUUAAACCGGAUGUGGAUGAGUACCAGACGCAGCGGAGGACGUUUGAGGAGUCGGGAGAAAGUUGGUGAAUGAGCAGCCUCCUCCCUCGCUCCGCCUGCCGGGUCAGAACCGAUGGCCGGCCCGGAGCUCCUGCUGGACUCCAGCAUCAGGAUGUGGGUCGUCCUGCCCAUCGUCUUCAUCACCUUCUUCGUCGGCGUCCUGCGCCACUACGUGAGCCAGCUGCUGAGCAGCGACAGGAAGCUGGACCUGGAGCAGGUGUCUGACAGCCAGGUGUUGCUGCGCAGCCGCGUCCUCCGGGAGAACGGGAAGUACAUCCCCCGACAGUCGUUCUUCAUGAGGAAGCAGUACUUUAACGAUGCAGAAACCGGUUUCUUCAAGAGGGUCAAGAGGAAGGUGGUUCCUAAGAACCCCAUGACAGACACCAGCAUGCUGACGGACAUGAUGAAGGGAAACCUGACCAACGUUCUGCCCAUGAUUCUGAUCGGGGGAUGGAUCAACUGGGCCUUUUCCGGCUUCGUCAUCACCAAGGUUCCGUUCCCGCUGACGCUGCGGUUCAAACCGAUGCUGCAGAGAGGAAUCGACCUGCUGUCACUGGACGCCUCCUGGGUGAGCUCGGCCUCCUGGUACUUCCUGAACGUGUUCGGCCUGCGGAGCAUGUACUCGCUGAUCCUGGGCCAGGACAACGCUGCUGACCAAUCACGGAUCAUGCAGGACCAGAUGACCGGCGCUGUCAUGGCGAUGCCCCCUGACCCCAACAAGGCUUUUAAGAGCGAGUGGGAGGCGCUGGAGGUGGUGAACCACCGGUGGGCGCUGGAGAGCGUGGAGGAGGAGCUCAUGUCCAGAGACCUGAACUUUGGAGGAAUCUUCAGCGCCAAUAAGUGGUUCUGAUCCGGACCUGACCCGGUCCUCUGGACAGAACCGGACGGUUCUCCUUCCUGUGACUCAUAUCCCACUGUGGCCCGUUGAGGUUCUGAUAAGCGGGUCUCUGGGGUUCAUGAAGGUCUGAAACAGAAUCUGAACAUCUGACAAAAGGGGAACAAUCGGACCGGACCCUUGAGGAAACCUGGAGAACCGCUGAUCCGGACCGGCGUCCAGAGGUUCUGGAAGAAAAUCCAACAGAACCUUCAGAUAAUUCUAAAUGUUUGGUUCAGAUUCUGUUUUACACUUUCUGGAAUAAAUCUGGAGUCUGGUUCUGUUGUCAUUAGAAAUCACAAUUCUGUAAAGUUCUGUGGAAGGAAAAAGUGUGGGAGGCAGAACAGAAUAAAACCAAGAGAUGUGAUGAUCUGGGCCUCCAUGGCUCCUGCUGGGUUUUCUGAAGCUGGUACCAGAACCUGGUCCAGUUACCAUGGUGACAAUGGUCUGGAAAAGCCACCAGACAGGCCUGACCUUUAACCCCAGAGUCUGUAGCAGAGACCAGACCUUGAUCCAGUCUGACCCAGAUUUCUGGAUAAAAAUAUUUGUGGUUCUUUGAACAAAAAUAAAAACUUUAAAUGUC